UCAGUGUACUUUAUCCCUCAAAGAAUUUAACAGUUACAGGACCCAAAACUCAUUGAAAAGAAAAAAACCAGAUCUUUCAUUCUUCUUCUUCUUUGAUAAUCUGUUCUAAGUUUUAACCUGCUACAUUUGCAUUUUUGACAAACCCUAGAGAUUUUAAGCAAAACUCAUAUUUUUAGUCCCUUUUAAAGCUUAAUUCCUUUUUCUUUGUUAGCAAUUAUUGUUGUCUCUGUUCUCGUCUUCACCAAAAAAAUUGAGGGGGGUGGGGGGAAUGAACACCCAAAAGUGAAAAACUGCACCAUAAUCUUCUUCUGUUUACAGAUCCUUCUUGGUGGGUGGCGUUAUUGUUUUUUGCACUCUCUCAAAUAGAAGAAAGGGUUUUGAUUUGAAUCUUUUCAGAUCUGAACGAAGGCUGAGAUUGUUUGUUUCAAAGCGAUGUCUCUUUUGCCUUUUCAUAUCUACUCAUUUCCCUCUCACUUUCCUUCUCUUUCUUUCUUUUGAGUUUCUUCUCUCGAACUUUGCUUCUGAGAACCAGCUAAAGAGUGUUCCUUUUUUCUUUUCCUCUUGGGUUUCACUUUAAAUUUUGAUUUUUGAAUAAUUGGGGGGGGGGGAGAUCUGUGAAAAUGUUGUCCAUUGGAAGUCCUUUAGCCACCAGUGCUCAUACAAGCUCAAGCUGCAAUGUAUUGCUGAGAGAACUUCAGCAAAUAUGGAGUGACAUUGGUGAGAGUGAAGCUGAUAAAGACAGAAUGCUUUUGGAAUUGGAGAGGGAAUGCUUAGAAGUCUACCGACGAAAGCUCAAGGAAGCCGCCAAUGCCAAGGCACGUCUACAUCAAUCCGUUGCUGCCAAGGAAGCUGAGGUUGCAACACUAGUGGCAGCUCUGGGGGAACUCAAUAUUCGUUCACCGAUUCAGACAGAGAAGAAGAUGUCAUCAUUAAAAGAAAAAUUCGCUUCUAUUACUCCGCUGCUUGACGAUCUAAGGACGAAGAAAGAAGAAAGAAUAAAGCAAUUUGAAGAUAUAAAGAACCAAAUCGAAAAGAUCAGUGGAGAAAUUUCACGUUACAACUAUCCUAAUGAUACAAUGAUUAACUGUUUAACUCUUGAAGACCAGGACUUGUCAGUAAGAAGGCUUACUGAAUUUCAGACGUGCCUUCAAACUCUUCAGAAGGAGAAGUCUGAUCGUCUUCAUAAGGUUUUGGAAUACGUAAAUGAGGUGCAUUUACUUUGUGGAGUACUAGGGUUGGAUUUCGCCCAGACUGUAAGCGGUGUGCAUCCCAGCUUGCAAAGGACAAACCAGGAACAAUCAACGAAUAUCAGCGAUGGUACAUUUGAAGGUUUACAGCAUACCAUUAACAAGCUGAAAACUGAAAGAAGAACCCGAAUCCAGAAGUUGAGGGAUAUUGUGGGCCAACUAUUUGACCUCUGGAACUUGAUGGAUUCCCCCCAAGCCGAGAGGGAUGGUUUUUCGAGGGCCACUUCUAUUGUUAGAUUAUUGGAACAUGAAGUCAGAGAACCAGGUGUUCUUUCAAACGAGAUGAUUGAACAGGCAUCAGCAGAAGUGGAGAGGCUUGCCAAAUUGAAAGCUAGCAGAAUGAAAGAACUUGUUAUGAAAAGAAGAUCGGAAUUGGAAGAUAUUUGCAGAAUGAUUCAUAUUGAACCUGAUGCAAGUACUGCUGUUGAGAAAUCUGAUGCAUUGAUUGAUUCUGGUCUUGUAGACCCUUCAGAACUUUUAGCAAACAUUGAAGCACAGAUUACUAAGGCUAAAGAUGAAGCUUUGAGUCGAAAAGAAAUAAUGGAUAGAAUAGACCGAUGGCUUGCCGCAUGUGAAGAAGAAAAUUGGCUAGAAGACUACAAUCAAGAUGAAAACCGUUACAAUGCAGGGAGAGGUUCACACAUUAACCUUAAACGUGCCGAAAAAGCCCGAAUAACCAUAACCAAAAUUCCAGCAAUUGUGGAUAAUCUGAUCAACCGGACACUAGCUUGGGAAGAAGAAAAAAAGACGUUCCUGUAUGAUGGGGUACGACUAGUGUCGAUACUGGAAGACUACAAACUGACAAGGAAACAGAGAGAAGAGGAGAAGAAGAGAUGCAGGGGCCAAAAGAAGAUCCAAGAUCUACUCCUGACAGAGAGAGAAGCCAUUUAUGGGUCAAAACCUAGUCCAAGGAGAAGUAACAGCUUGAGAAGGACAAACGGUUAUUUAGCAAAUGGAAAUGGAUUGAUGACUCCCAAUACACCACGUCGGAACUCAGUGGGUGGAGCAACACCUGAGCUACUUGCAUCACGAUCAUACUCGGGACUCCAAAAUGGCUACUUCAAGGAAAUGAGAAGGUUGUCUACAGCACCUCUGAACUUUGUAGCCAUAUCAAAGGAAGAUAUGGUUUCUACAUACACAUCAGUUUGUGAUUCGGAGCUGGGAUCUCCCCCACAUUGCUAAGGAAGUCGGAAGCGGAAGAGGUUAUAGGAUGUUAUAGUAUAGUUGCUAUAAGUGUAGACUGGAUUAUAGCAGCAGGACCAUGUGUUGUGAAUAUGAAAGAAAGGAUAUGGUAGAUUAGUGUAUGGAUUGUGCAUCAGUAGGGGUCGAACACGACAGGCAACUGACGUUCAAGGGCGCAUACUAGCAGAACGAUGUUAUUUGCCAUGGAGGGAGAGAACAACAUUGAUAGUGAUAGAAAAGAAACUAGUUUGUAAAUUGUGUUUUAACUUUUUUGUUUUGUGGUGUUAAUGUGUUUGUAUUGAUAAUAUUUAUAGUAGUAUUACCGACCUUGCUUUCACGUUU